AUGCACUUCGUCAAGAAAGUCCCCACAAGCGAUGAAGAAAAAGCAGCGAAGGAGAAGGAACGGGCUAUUAAGUUAAAAACAUUCUGCACAGUUAGGGAUCGCAUUUUUGAAAAGAGAACGAAAGGUGAGCUAGACGACGAAAUGCUGAGCCUUACGCAGAAGCUUCUGGAAAAGAAUCCUGACAUCUAUACUUUCUGGAAUAUAAGAAGAGAGACAAUUGAAAAGAAGGUUGCAGAAUGGAAAAAGUGUCAAUCUACCACGGAAAACGAAGGGUGCAAAGAUUCAUGCGGAAAGAAGAUUGAAAAUCUCUUUGGUGGAGAGUUAUUUCUUAGCCAAGCAUGUCUUGAGGCGAAUCCCAAAUCGUAUUCUGCUUGGUUUCAUCGUGGGUGGGCUUUACAACGACUAGAUAACCCCGACAUUAAACGCGAGCUGGCCCUCUGUGAGAAGGCAUUGAAAUUGGAUUGCAGGAAUUUCCACACAUGGGACCAUAGGCGUGUUGUUGCUAAGCUUGCAAAUUUAGGUCACGAAGAAGAGCUUGAAUUUUCCAACAAACUCAUUGGUGAGAACUUCUCCAACUACUCAGCAUGGCACUAUAGAGCUAUGCUACUUCCGAGGAUUCAGAAUGGUAAAACCGGAGAAUUCAAACUUGAUGAUGUAACGAUUGCAGCUGAGCUGAAGAAGGUCACCUCAGCGUUCUUUACUGAUCCAGAUGACCAAAGUGCAUGGGUGUACAGUCGAUGGUUGCUUGAAAUGGGUUCAGAAAAGGAGUUUUUGCGGCCUGAUUCAUUAACAGAAACAGUCCCUCUUACCAUAUCAUUCCAUGGAAACAACACUACUAUUGUUAUGUCGAAGGCAUGCACCUUUAAUGAGAUUGUGCCAUUCGUAAACUCGGUGGAUGAAGCAGAAUGGAGAGGGGUGUCAGCUCUGUCUCAACAUCCUGAAUCGGCUAGAAUUUGGCAAUGCAUUUCUGACAGGCCUUGUAUCGUGCGAAUUGACCAAGAAAAUAAAGAAUCGUUUGAUGUGUCGAAGCAGGCUUAUGUUAACAAGGAUCUUUUACGGAGAGCUUUCGAUCUAAAAACACGUGCACCAAAUGUUGCACUCAAAUCCAUCACAGACAACUGCAAGCAGUUAAUGGAAAUGGAGCCGAAGAAUAUGUGGGCACGAUACAUGUACACUUUAUGUUUGAUGGAGACGUGUCCAGCCGAACGUUAUGACGAAAUUCUGUCUAAUCUCGGGAAGUUGGCCACUGAGCUCGAUGUGAAACGUAAGGAGAUUUAUAAAAAGUUAGCCUCUCGACAAAUUUUGAACAAAGCACUGCGAGAUGAGGCUCAUGGCCAACCAUUACUGGAAAGACUAAUGGACAGUAAAGAAACUCAACUGGCUAUCAGAAAUGCUCAUAUAUCAAGCCUGGACGGAGUAGAACUGCUAGCAGGAUUGGUGAACAACUUGGACGUUAGCGGAAAUCAGUUGUCAACUUUGGACGAUGUGCUGCUGCCGAAUUUAGAGUAUCUCACUGUUAAUGAGAAUCCCAUCAAAAGGAUAACUCCUAAUGCCACCCUAUGUAAUCUCAAGUUCCUUUCACUUGGAGGAUGCCCAGUGGACGAUGUGAGUUGCGUGCUGCCAGCACUGAAAGAGAUGUGCUCUCUAGAGAGAUUUCUGUACUGUGAAACUCCUCUAGUACCUAAGACUGAAGAAUUUGCUGAAGAGUUACCAUCCGUAAAACUUAUCCCUUAUUAUCUCUAA